ACCGAGAACGAGCCGUCACAAUGGUCACUUUUCACUCCGUCCAAGUCUCCCUGGAAUGUAGCUCAAUCCCUCCAACUCCUCCAUCCUCCACCUCUUACCUAAAGUGUUUAAUCAACAUUACAUCAUCCCAAAUGUGCAUCGGCCCACACUGCCGCUCACCGUGCGAGGACCUCCACCAUUGGCCCGCCUCCCCCCCCUCCCUUCUUCUCACCCUCUGCCACUUUUAUGCUGAUUGAAAAGAAAAAAAGAAAUCUGUGGGAUGUAAUCUGGUGUGACGCCACUAAUCCCAACACUACAAAUCAUAGGUCCCGUCCUGCUCGCUCCACACAGACCCCUGCAACUCCCAGCCAGCAACUUCACACCUGCCUCAGUUUGAAGCUGACAUAAAGAGCAGAAGAGAUGGCUGUGGUUAGUGGAACUUACCGUAUGGUGUCGGAGGAGGAGCAGGCUCUCAGGGCUAAGCUGGAGCGCCUCACCGUCAAGGACCACGGACCAGUUUUUGGACCCUGUGCCAGCCUGCCAGACCACACCAAGCAGAAGGCCAAGGACGAGCUGAACGAGACGGACGAGAAGCGGAUAGCUGCGGUGAAGGAGCUGAGAGGAAUCAUCAAGGAGAAGGCCGACGGAGGGGACGACCUGGCCAAGGGGGUCCAGGACACCUUUGGGGAGAAACCAGACGGGGUCCUGGUCCGCUUCAUCCGGGCUAGGAAGUACGACGUGAACAGAGCCUACGACCUGAUGAAGGGCUAUGUGCGCUUCAGGAAGGACUACCCCGAGCUCUUUGAGAACCUGACCCCAGAGGCCGUACGCAGCACCAUCGAGGCCGGCUACCCCGGCAUCCUGCCCAGCAGAGACAAGUACGGUCGUGUCGUCCUGCUCUUCAACAUCGAGAACUGGGACUACGAGGAGAUCACCUUCGAUGAGAUCCUGCGUGCGUACUGCGUGAUCCUGGAGAAGCUGCUGGAGAAUGAGGAGACUCAGAUCAACGGGUUCUGUAUCAUUGAGAACUUCAAGGGCUUCACCAUGCAGCAGGCGUCGGGAAUCAAACCCACCGAGCUGAAGAAGAUGGUGGACAUGCUGCAGGAUUCUUUCCCUGCUCGUUUCAAAGCUGUGCACUUCAUCCACCAGCCCUGGUACUUCACCACCACCUACAACGUGGUCAAACCUCUCAUGAAGAGCAAGCUGCUAGAGAGAGUGUUUGUCCACGGAGACGAGCUGGAGAACUACUACAAGGAGUUUGACGCCGACAUCCUCCCCUCUGAGUUUGAUGGAAAAUCUUCCUGCUACGACGGCAAGGCCACGUCAGCCAAGCUGUUCGACUAAACCUCCCCCCCCACAUUCAUGCCACCGAGGCAGAGAGCUGUCAUGUAUUUCACAAACCCCACAGACUGUGGAGACUCAAAGCCCAAUGAAGCUGUGUGGUUGUAGGAAAACAAUGAGCUGAAUGAAUUCAACAGUGUGUGAAAAGUUGACGCGAUGUUGUCCUCCAAAAGGUCCAGACGAAGCACAGCCGCAGGAACGAGACACUUCCAAUAUCAUAUUAUAAUCCCUUACAUUUGGCUCUAGCUUUAAGCAGCAGAGAAGCAUACUGACUGCUUUUUAAAGUGGAUGUUUCAAGAGUGUAAGAGAGAUUAGUUCACCCCUAACAUCAGUGAAAUCCAAAAUGUUUCAAAGUCAGACUACAGGGUCGACCUUGGCAAGACAACAAGUCCACGUCAUCGCCAUUUUCUGUCUCAUAUCUGUUGAUCUGUGCUUCAUUUGGACCUCCACUCGACCACACAGCUUGUUGUAACUCUGGCAGGCCCCAGCUUUCAAAGUUUCCACUCUCUGCUGCUCCUCCUCCUCCUCCUCCUCCUCCUCCUCCCCCUCCUCCUCCUCCUCCUCCUCCCCCUCCUCCCUCAUCCCUCCAUCCUUCCCUCCCCGUCAUGUACAUGGCUGAUAUUCCAACAAGUGCCUGUCUCUCGAGUGUUUUUUUAGAUUGUUCUUCCAUAUGAAUAUUAAAAAGUUUUACCCACUGAGCUACCUGGUGCACCAAGAAGAAUGUCAAUAAAUGUACAAUAAACUGUAUAUAAAUAUGA